UGUAAGCGGCACGUUAAUCGUUGGAAACUUCAGUUCACCCAGCAACAAUCGUAGCGUUUUUUGGUGACGACGAGACGAGGUAACCAGAGCCAGGGGGAACGUCGACGUCACCACCGCACCGGAAAGGUGUGCAGUGCACGGCACACGAGCACCGCACCGGUCCAAAACGGACGGAUGGAUGGAUAGAUCUACUCGACAUCGAAACGACUGUUUCGGACGGACGGCAACGGCAGUGGAAUUCAGUUUGGAUCGGUUGGUCGCGGCGAGCGUUUGCGUAUGUUGGUUAAACCGGGUUGUUUUUUUUUCGGUAUUCAGUUUCGUGGCAUUUUCAUGUUUUGAUCAUCGUGCGGAAGUAACGCGAAACGGGUAGCGUACAGAGGCGUUUGUGUGUUAAAGAAGGGGGUUAUGUGAACGAAUUGCGUUAUGGUCCGCACUGUCGGGAGUCGACGUAACGUUGCCCGAGAGGUCGUUGCGGUCUAGUCGCACAUCUGUUGGAAGCGACGAGGACAACGACGGAAGAAAGCAUUCCGACCCGAUUUGGUCAACGUCAAUGGAUAUAUUGUUGCUAUAUUGUGAUUAAACUGCGAGCUUUGACCGCGACAGUGCAUUCAAUUGGAAUGCAUGGAUAGUUGCUGGAGCCACCGAAUGUCUGUGGUUUGAAAUUUGGAUUUCUAAACAACUGUAUUUUACCGGGCGACAGCGCAACAUCGAUCCAGAAGCCAAGUCUAUGUCAGCCAACACAAAUCCCACCAAAUACUCUACUCUAGUUAGAAAGCUCCAACUUCAAUUAACUUUGACUUCGACACUUGGCUGUGCCAUUCGAACGGCGGAGCACCGUCUGCCCCGUUCCACAGUAGUUCCAUAACAAACGACCGAAUUCAAAUGAAACCCCCACGAAACCCGAGGAGGAUCAGGCAAAAACGCAGGAAGCAGUAACGGGAGUUACGCUCCCGCCCUCCCACAGGUUCCUGUUGUGAAAGUGUGGAAGAAGACAGCCAGCAGAAUUAGAUUCGUUCAACACACCAAAGUAAACUUUGCUCAAAUUUAUAAAUACACCUCCUGUCUCCAUUAGUUUAACGAUCGUAAGCUUAACUUAACGAACCAGCCACACACCCAGUAGCUGGACAACAGUCGGAAAAUGCUGCAACCACUGGUGCUGGGAAGGAUAACGCCACCGUCGUCGUCGUCGUCGGCGUCCUGCAGCAGGAAGCUCAUUGCCCUGUUGCUGGUCCAGCUGUUGGCUACGCUUGCCGUCGGAUCGGUCGCCACAUCAACGACACCGCAGAAGAACAACGGUGCCAAUCCCAAUGCGGUGCGGAUUAACAAGUGCUGCGAAAAGUUCGAGGUCAUGUACGACGGCAAAUGCACCGUCGCCGACAGCAUCAAUGCCACUUCAUGGAUACCACAAUUCACCGGACGCAAUGGCGAGCAGAACAUCCAGGUCGAAGCCAUCAAGUACAUCAUUGGGGCCCCAGACUGUGGCACCAUGCAAAAGUGGCCUAUCUUCCACUACGAAAAGAGCGAGGAUAAGCUGAUUCUUUUCCCGGAUGGGAAGGUGCGUCACCUGAUACUGGAUCCACACGCCCGGAAUGAGCCGGAAGACGAGUGGAACCACCUCUACGUGGCCAGGAUUCACACCGAGGCGCCCUUCCAGUACGACUACGAACAGGGUCAGUACUGUCUGGACAAGGCACUGAGCAGCAACGAGAAACAGCCGGAGGGAAUUUUCGCUACGGUUUGCUCACCCGAGAAAGCAAUCCGUUGGACGGACACGGACUUUUUGCUGCGUAAAAUAAUCAACCCGAUAUGCCACGGGAUGGCUAUUGUAAUCCUGCUGGUGGUGGCGAUUAUCUACUUUGUGUUACCUACCCUCAGAGAUCUGGUUGGAAAUAUCGUCACAUCAAUUACAGUCUGCCUCAUAAUAAGUCAAGCAGCCGACCUGGUCCGGAUAUUCACCGAAUUCAGCAAUCACGUCAGCUUCGUCGUAGCGGAUUCCUUCUUCUACAUCAGUCUACUCGGUGCCUUCUUCUGGCUCAACAGCUUGGGCUACUACAUCUGGAAAACAUUCCGAGCGCGUAACGUCUUCCUCCGAGUUACCGACGGUCGCAAAUACUGUUGGUACUCCGGUUAUGCUUGGGGUGCAACGGCUACCAUGGCUUCGGUAGCGAUUUUCUCUCACUUUUUCCUGGACGGACCCGAUGCGAGGAAUUCAAGCAUCUUCGAAGACCAAGAUAACAUCGGUUGGUUGGGUAUUGCUGUGUUCUUCACUCCGAUUGCGUUCAUCAUUCUGGUGAACAUAUUCUUCUACGUCACCACGAUGAAGUUCAUCAACCGGAUGAAUACGUACGGUCGGAUACACCACAAACUGAAGGGGAACUUCGUGAUGUUCUCGCUCAUUUUCCUCAUCAUGAGCAUCUCGUGGCUGUUUCUGAUCCUUUCCUGGCUGCACUACGACGCCCUGCUCUACACGCACAUUGUCGUGAACGCCCUGCAAGCCCCCUUCAUCAUGUACGUGUGCGUCCUUCGCCAGAAACAUGUCACAUUCCUGCUGAAAAAAUCCUGCUGCUACAACGAACCUCCGCAAACGUCGGACUGGGGCGACGAGAUGACCUACAUGAACGGAGGCGAUUACUGACCCAGGCGGAUAAGAACGUCCCAAAACCGCACGGACAUCAACAUUAUUGAACUCGGAAUCUUUAGAAAAGAAUCUCCUCCGGUGUCUGUGGGCGAUACGGCAAUCGCCACAGCCGGGAAUUCCGCAACUAUUCAUGGAUCAAACCACGGAAAGUUAGGUAAACAUUCCUCUGAAUCGUGAAGAAUUGGUGCAGAUUUACAAAAUACUAUUCAAUGCUUGCUUGUACAACAUGGAACGUCCAGUUAUUGAUGAACUUCAUUAGAUUAGGUUAGAAUCGAAAGAAAAUAAGUAUAAAGUAUUUAAUAUUCUAAGACAGUGUUAGGCACGCUUGUUGAGAAAUAUAUGUGAACGAUAAGGCUAAA